AUGCAAGUUGUGGUUUGCACGGUGGAAAUGGUGCAAAGUUACUAUUUCUUCUGGGACGAUUAUGAGGAUGGUGCUAAAACAAGACAAGGCAAACCAUGUUGGCAUUUGGUGGACCAUAUCGGCUCCUUAGCCUUCAACGAUGCUUGCCUCAUGAGAAGCUUUAUCGAGGAGAUAGUGAGACAAAAUUUUGAAGACAGAUUACGUGAUCAAAUCUUGAACAUUUAUAAUAAAAACGAUCUAAUAGACUAUUUCCAUGUGAAUGGCUUUGUUUCGGGUAAAAGCGGGACCGACAUACAGGAGGGUAAGUGCUCAUGGGUGGCGGUUGCCGCUUUACAAAAGUGCAAUCCCGGGCAGCGGCGCAUUUUUACGGAGAACUAUGGCAGUAAGGAACCAGAAAAGGUGGAGCGCAUUUUGCGUUUGUACGAGGAAUUGAAUAUACAACAGCUCUACGCGCAAGAGGAGAAGGCGCGUUACGAUGCCUUCCAUAAGCAAGUGUCGCCCUGUUGGGACGUUCGAGACGAUACCAUUCGCCACCGGCUCGUGCAGGAGAAAGCUCACUGGACGUCCAGCGCCCAGAGAAAGAAACAUGUUGAUUCCCUGUUGGUGAAAAUUUUGGGUGAUUACAACAAUUACGUUCCGAAGAUUGUCGACAAAUCUUUAGCUAAUGCUUAUUUUAUAGAUUCAACUGAAAUGAAAGAUAGAAUAAAGAAGAACGAUCUCAUAGACUACUUUCUUGCGAAGGGUACUGUUUCUGGCAAAAGCGGGACCGACAUACAGGAGGGUAAGUGCUCUUGGCCAGCUGUUGCCGUUUUGCAGAAGUGCAGUCCAGAGCAGCGGCGCAUUUUCACGGAGAACUAUGGCAGUAAGGAACCAGAAAAGGUGGAGCGUAUUCUGCGUUUAUACGAAGAAUUUAAUAUACAGCAGCUCUACGCGCAAGAAGAGAAGGCGCGUUAUGAUAUCUUCCAUAAGAAAGUGAGCGAGCUGCCGAAAGACGCUAUUCCUUCUGCCGAAUUCUUCAAAGACUUUUAUACUGUGAUACGACAGUAUACCGAAGAUACAAAAACACUUAUGUACGUCAAAUUU